CAUAACGUCACCUUUACGGGGAGGGUUUUUUUUUUCUUUUCUUUUCCUCUUUUUUUCUCGCUCAAUUUCGUCGAGCUAGUAUACCAGAAAUCAAGAGAAGGGGAAGAAUAACCAACUUCCCUUACGUUUUUUUUACGCCCUUUUGAAACGCCUGGCGCGCUUCUUGUUUGGCAUUCUUACGUCCAGACGUACGAAAGAAAGGGGCGAAAAGUUCGAAGAUGCCCUUCCUGACGCUUGGCUACAAGCGCAUACACUACACGGACUUCCGGCCGGAGCCAGGUCCGGCGAGGGAGACGUUCAUCUUCAUGCACGGGCUGGGCUCGAGCCAGAACUACUACGUCGCGCUCGUGCCGGGCUUCGUGAGGGACGGCUUCCGGUGCGUCGUGUUCGACAGCACGGGCGCGGGGCGCUCGCCGUACACGCAGAUCGAGCAGAGCGUCGACAGUCUGGCGCAGGACGUGAUCGGGGUCCUGGACGCGCUCGGCGUCGGCAAGGCCGUCGUGGUCGGGCACUCCAUGGGCGGGAUCGUCGCGGCGCAUCUGGCGACGACGUGGGGCGACCGCGUCGCGGCGACGGUGUGGAUCGGCCCCGUGUACCCGACAGCGACCGUGGCGGAGACGUUUGCGAGGCGGAUCGAGGUCGUGCGGAGGGAGGGCAUGGAGGCGAUGGCGAACACGAUCCCGCACGCGGCGGUGGGGAGCAGAGCCACAGACGUUGCGAAGGCCAUGAUCCGCGAGCUGCUCCUGGGCCAGACGGCGCAGGGCUACAUCAGCCACUGCCGGGUCAUCGCGAGCGCAAGGCCGCCGGCCUAUGGCGAGGUCCAGGUGCCGGUGCUGGUCGUGGCCGGCGAGGAAGACAAGUCCGCACCGCUGGACGCGGUGAAGAAGAUGUACGACGAGAUUGGCACGGACGAGAAGCGGCUGGUUGUGAUGGAGGGCGUGGGUCACUGGCAUUGUCUCGAGGCGCCCGAGGCCGUCGGCAAGUGCAUUCUAGACUUCUACCACGAGAUCCAGUAGUCGUGGUGGUAGUCGUGGUCGAAGUCGCGGUCGGGGAUGUAGUAGUAAUAUAAUAAUAGUAGUAGUAG